CUUUGUUAGAGAGAGAAAGCGAGGGAGAGAGAGAGAGAGAGAGAGAGAUCUGGAUUCUGGACUGACAAUCCUAUCUUUCAUCACAGCGCAGACACUGUUGCUUUACAUCAUCAUCAUCACUUCAUCGCCAUCACCAUAUACAUACACAAUUCUCUGUACUUUCUUCACAACACCACCUGCACAAGAGGUGGAGGAAGUUUACUGUAUAAAAUUUUCUGGAAAGAAAGAUUUGCGAAUGAAUUCCAUGGAACAUUUUAAUUGAUGGCUACUGGUUUCGCAAUUCUCCUCCGUAACCAUCUUCAAAGCAGUUCUAACAACUGAAUUUCGCAAAAGGAUACACGUUCAGAUCGAUUAAGGGUGGUGGAAUCUAUCAAUUUCAGUCGGAAUUACGUGGUGAAUGCGCCUCCAAGGUUCAAGAAGAGGAGGCGCAACCGCGGUCACGUCAUCUACAUGGGCGGUGCUACUAGAUCUGGACAUCCGUGACGUUUCACUUUCGUUCUCGUUUCCAUAAUUUCCCAACAGCAAAAAUAAUUCAAAAUUUCCGCGACCUCACCUCACCUCACCUGACACAACAUCUGUCCGUUUUGUUUUGCCCUAAUUAAUUGGAUCCAAUCCAAAGGAGGAGAAGCAAAAUCUGUAAAUCCUGAUGGAGCUUCCUCAACCUCGUCCCUUUGGAGCCCAAGGUAGAAAACCAACGCAUGACUUUCUUUCACUUUAUUCACCUUCCCAGCAAGAUCCAUCUCCUACUCCCCCUGGUGGCUACCUUGAAACACAUGACUUCUUGCAACCAUUAGAACGAGUCGGAAAGAAUGGUACUACCAAAGAAGUUGGAAAGAAAAUCGAAGAACCACCACCGACCGGAAAGUCCCUUCCGCCGGCUCCGGCUCCUCCUACUGCGGUGGAGCACAUCCUUCCUGGCGGGAUUGGGACUUACAGUAUUAGUCAUAUUUCUUGUAUGAAUCAAAGUCAAAGGGUGGCAAAGCCUGAAGGUGUCCUCAUCGCCGCCGCACAAUCUAGCGGCAGUGAUAAAAACGAUGAAACUUCAAACUGCAGUUCAUACACAGGGAGUGGUUUUUCACUGUGGGAAGAAUCUACUGUAAAAAAGGGAAAGACAGGGAAGGAGAAUAUUGCAGGAAAUAGGCAUGUCAUAAGAGAUGGGGGGAUGAAGAUCGGAGGAGUGCCAUCGCCAUGGAUGACGUCAGUGGAGCGACCAUCACAGUCGUCAUCUGCUCAUAACCAUCAGAGCACGACUAUCAGUUCUCUCUCAUCUUCUCGUCCAUCGUCAACACAGAAGAAUCAGAGUUUUGUUGAGAUGUUGAAGUCUGGUAAGAAUACACAAGAAGAUGAGGAUGAUGAAGAAGAAGAGUUUGUUAUCAAGAAAGAACCAUCUUCACACUACAAAGGUGUUUUGUCUGUUAAAGUGGACGCAGCACAUAAUGAUCAAAAGCCCAACACCCCGCGUUCCAAGCAUUCAGCUACUGAGCAACGUAGAAGAAGCAAAAUCAAUGACAGAUUUUCUAUGUUGAGAGAACUCAUCCCUCAUGGAGAUCAAAAGAGAGAUAAGGCAUCAUUUCUAUUAGAGGUUAUUGAAUACAUUCAAUUUCUACAAGAGAAGGUGAACAAGUUUGAGGAUUCAUGUCGGGGAUGGAAUAAUGAACCACCAACAAUCAUGCCAUGGAACCAUAACCAACAAGUAACGGAAGGUUUUGUUGAUCAACCACGAGUCCAAAACGGUGCACCUGGACCCGCAUUGCUAUACGCUCCAAAAGUCAACGAGAACAAGUGCAUUGACCUUCCAAAAAAGGGACAAAACCUAUUCGAUUCCGACAUGUCUUCCCUUGAAACCAUGAAGGAAAUCGGUCAACACCCGCAGUUGACCAACAAGGGAUCUCCUUUUCCUUCACCAUUGCAGCCUAACAUAUACUCCCCUGGUUGCGGAAGCACCAGUGCCAACGCCCCAAUUCCACCCAUGGUACCCGAUCCAGUAAACACAUCAUCCCAUUUGCAGCAUUCAAGAUCAUGUACAUCUGACUGUACCCUUGCUACUGAUAAAUUAAAAGACCAGGAACUAACAAUCGAAAGUGGCACCAUUAGCAUCUCAACCAUCUACUCUCAAGGGUUAUUGAGUACUCUAACGCAAGCACUACAAAGCUCGGGUGUCGACCUAUCACAUGCCAACAUCUCGGUACAAAUUGACCUAGGGAAAAGAGCAACUAUCACUACACAUGAUUCCUCAACACCCGUUCUAAAGAAACAUGGAGUCCCUACCAUUAAUGAGACGGUAGGACGUUCACGGCUUGCAAGCACACGGGAAGAAAAGAGCGAUAAAGGACUGAAGAGGUUUAAGACUAGCAGAAACUAAAGGUUACUAGGAUAAACCCGAUUAAUUAAUAUUUCGUAUCAUCC